AUGAAUUUUGAUAUUUAUUUAUGUCAGAAUGAAAGACAAAUUAACAAUAGAUCUGAUCAGUCGUUUCUCGAAAAUGAGACCCUGUCGGAUAUGACUUUGGAUCUAAUAAGAUCCGAGUCAUCUGUUCAAGAUGAUGUGCUUGAUUUGUCGGAACCACUUGUCCAACCCGAAUAUAGACCCGACCCGAAUGUUAUACUAGAAGUGAGCCGAAGGCAAAGGAUGGUUUGGUCCACGGAUCUUCAUAGAAAGUUUAGGUUUGCUGUGGAGGCGCUUGGUGGGCCUAAAGGUAAUAAAAAUGCGUAA